CUUCUCCAUCUUCCAACUCCCAUUUUCCGAAGAUGAUUUUAAGAUUAGCUUUAGGUUUGUUUGUGAUGACUCUGACCGGCGCGCAGGUUCGGCCUCGGAACUUUAGUCCAGACGCUCUUCCAGAAACUAGCUUUACCUGCGAGGACAAGUUUCAAGAUUUCCAUUUCCUGUGUCCCAACGAUACAGUGUUUGACCAACAGCACCUGGUUUGUACAAACUGGUUCGACGUUGACUGUCAACAAUCUUUACAGUUUAUCCAACAUGAUUUUGGAUUUGAAUCAGACUACCCUGACACUGUAGACUACUCUGAUGAAGGGGACUAUGAAGACUACGCUAACACAGACUACACAGAUAUUGGAAUCCAGGAACACAACCGUUUUUUAGGCGUUAGCCGGCCAUCUUUCUCCAGUGGACUGCAGAAUGAUGGUAGAGGGCAUGACAGCAGUCCCGACAACGAAUAUGAUUAUGAAGAGGAUAAGGAUGCAGCACCGAGACGACCUCUACCUCCUCCGGGGGAUUUAAGAGAAGGGGCGGGACUAAUAAAUCCACCCAUUACUACCACCCCUAUCCCUGCAGGAUUCACAACCACUAGGAGAUCAUUUCAAACUGGUCCUAGGGUUAAAUCUAAUAUCCGUCAGCAAUUAAAGAACAAGGGAGGAAGGACGGAGGUUCCAGGUCCUGUUCCUAGUUCACAGUUUCAGGAUAGAUUCAUAGGAACUCCAGGGUCUCCAGAGGUACAGGAAGCAGGGUUAAGGGGAGAUGAGGAGAAUGAUGUAGAUACUACUGAGUCUCCUGUGAAUACCAAUGUUGGUGUGAACCUGGAGACAAAUGAGGAUCUCGUGAACCCCUUUGACAGCCCGCCAUUUACGAGUGCAGACGGAAAAACGCCUAGAGUUAAAUCCAACAUAAAUAAUCUGCUGGUGCAGGCUGGGAAGAGCUCCGAUAAACCCAAGAAACAAGGGAGCAAGAAGGUUGAGUUGGAUCGUUCCCAGCUUAAUAAAAUUGACUUCGUAGAACCUCAAAAUGAUGAAGACACAACAGAGAUACCGUUCCUUGGUCCGGAUGUGAAGCCGGAUGGACGAGCUCCCCGUGUCAAAGCUAAUAUAUUAGCUAAAGAGCGAGAUCUGAAGAAGGAGACAGAUAAUGGUUCAACCAUACCAUUUAUCCCAACCCGGAGACCGUUUUCAUUCCUUCCUACAAUCCAGAACAAUGCUUUCAUCCCAGAGGAUGGAUUAACUCCAGUUCCUGAUACAGGGCUCAACAUACUUCUAACUACACCAAACCCUGUGACCUUCCCUCCUGCAACCCAGCCUUCCAGUCCCCGCCCAUCCCCUUCAUUUAACCUGGGACCCCCUCCUCAACCCAAGAUACCUCUCUCCAUCCUUAGUCGUCUUCCUCCUCCUGCUAAUAGACCUAAGCCCUUCCCACCCAGGAUUGAACCUCGUCCUACUCCAAGUCCUGUCGAUGUAUCUCCUGUUGAGUUUACUCCAGUACCUUUCAGAGACUUGGAAGAUCCUUUUCAUCCUUCCUUUGAUAAACCUCAAAAACCAUUUAAUCCUUUGCAAUCCUCUUUCAAUCCUGCGCAAUCCUUUUUCAGUAAUCCUGAACAACCAGCCUUUAGUCCUGAACAGCCCUCAAUCAGUCCUGAACAGCCCUCAAUCAGUCCUGAACAGCCCUCAUUCAGUCCUGAACAGCCCUCAUUCAGUCCUGAGCAACCUUCAUUCCGUCCUGAACAGCCCUCAUUCAAUCCUGAACAACCUUCAUUCCGUCCUGAACAACCAUCAUUCCGUCCUAACCAACCAUCAUUCCGCCCUGAGCAACCUUCAUUCAGUCCUGAACUACAACCGUUCCGUUCUGAACAACCAUCAUUCCGUCCUAACCAACCAUCAUUCCGCCCUGAGCAACCUUCAUUCAGUCCUAAACUACAACCAUUCCGUCCUGAACAACCAUCAUUCAGUCCUGAACAACAACCUUUUAAUGAUGAACAACCAUUAUUACGCCCUGAACAGAGACCAUUCAAUGCUGAACAGCCAUCUUUUAAUUCUGAACAGCCAUCUAAAAAUGAAAAGGAAAACAACCUUGUUGGUCCCGUACUUCGUGGUAAAAUAUCAGGCCGGAGAAAUAGAUUUGGUUCCAGACCUAGAGUGAAAGCUAACGAGCUGGCUAAACAUAACAACCAAAGAAACCGUUUCCGUGAAUCUAGUCGGAAUGAAAACCGAGGACCUCUUGUCAAUGAUAUUCCUCAGUUUGAUGAUGAUGAUGAUGAGCCUUUUACGCAGAAUCCAGAAGUUUUUGAAACAACCUCAAAUCCUCCGAGGUCAAACUUUAAAUUUGUAUCCCCAACUAUAAACCCUGGUAUAACCAGAAACCGAGACUGUCUCAAUCCGUUUAAAUGUCCACCUAAAACGUUUGCCGGUGGAAGAAAACCCCGCGUAAAGUCUAACAUUAAAGCGCGAAAUCUGAACUACUGGAAUCCGCCAAAGUCCCGGGUGAAGAAAAGACGCAAACCGGAUAGAAUCAACCCAAUUCUACGAGCUAAUAUCCUGGAACGAAGGAGAGGAAGGAAGCAACACAUCAAUGAUAAGUUCAAUGCUAUAGAGAACAGGAUAGAAGAUGAACCCAUCCCGGCUACAACAAUAGAUCCUUUAACUAGUCUCAAACGCUUAGUUGAAGAUAAAGAGAUAAAGCAUCCUACGCCUGCUAAGACAUUCCAGAACCAACGAAUUAACUCUGACGGGAAAUUGAGAAAUAGGUUCAGCUCCAAGGAAAAGACAAGAUUUAGAGAGAAAUUUAAUCUAAGAAAUCCCGAUUUUGAACCCCGUUCAACUCCCUUCCCUACUCCUCCUUUUGUAGAACUAACUACUCCUACUCCUCCUAUUAUAAAACUUACUACUCCUAAUCCUCCUAUUAUAGAACUAACUACUCCUAAUCCUCCUAUUAUAGAGCUAACUACUCCUACUCCUACAACACAACCUAGCACUACUCCUAAAUCAACCCAGCCACCCAAAACAACUCCAUCUGAUCUGACAGAGACUCCAAUAUCUAUAUUUGUAACUCCACCGACAACUCCUGUUAUGAGAUUAGCAGCUGAUCAAACUACUUCACUUCCCCAGAUUGCACGAGAGUUCCAGGUUCCAUCUUUUCUCCCAACUAAAAGUCCUACCCAGAGCGUUGAGGACUUGUUUCUGCCGACUACAAACCCAACCCUGAGCUCACCCCAGACCCUGUUUACAAUACCUGAUGAAACUCAUCUGUUUGUUACCAACCCUAGAGCUCUUGGAGAUACUGCUUCCAGGUUUCCUGCCCCCCAGGGAACCGAAGGAGGAAGAACACCUAGGGUUAAAAACAACAUUGCUGCUCUUCUCCAGAAUAAACCUCAUGUAAGCCAAGACAGCUUUUCUGAGCUAAACAUGAUAGUGGACCCGGAGAAACCUAGAUCAGUUCUCAAGAUUAAACCAGACGGAAGGAGUCCCAGAGUCAAAUCUAAUAUUAGGACGGGACGAAAGUUUGACGGGACGGAGAAAGUAAAUGGGACGGAAGAGACGGGACGAGAGGUUCACGGUAGAUCUUUAGACCUGGAGGACUCAUUCUCAGAAAAUUUGAUCAAGGACUAUGACUACAUGGAGCCGGAUGUAAAGCCUGAUGGUCGUGUGCCAAGAGUAAAAUCCAACAUCAAAGCAAAAGUUUCAAUGAUCGGAAGUUCUGGUUUACCCAAUCUACAGCAAAAACUACCCAAACACGAACCAACUGGAAACAAUCUGAGGACGGAGGAACAAUCUUUGCAAAAUACUUCCGCAUCGGACUCCUCAAGUUCUAACAACGACAAAUUUAGGAACCAAAACACCAUCACUACGUUUAGACCGGAGGUAGAUAUUGAGAACCUGCCGGAGCCAACACCCUCCGUUCUAUCCGUCCCUCUUCCCAACCUACAGCAAGACCCGGGGGAGGACGGAGAACAGAGGUUUCCAAUCCGUCCUACUCCCAGAACUUUUCAGGAUAUCAGGUCGUCUGUUGAAAGUGUAACUGAAGCGUCCAGUUCAUUCCAGGAUUUGAGACGAAUGCUGGAAUCCGUCACUGAGAUUCUUCUCCUCGACCGUGGUGGAGAGGACGAGCUGGACUAUUACGAUUACUACGAGGACCGAAGACGAGUUUAAAACUCGGACGAUUUCAGUGAGAAUCAAGCAAAAUCGUCCGUGAGGAACGAUCAGUGUGAAUUCGAGAGAGACGGUGAUCCUAUUAAGUUGAUCUAGUCAAAAGUGAAGGAUUUUGCAGAUUUAGUUCCUUUUAGAGAAUAUUUUAGUCCAAUGCCUCCUUUCAAAUUCGACCAAAAUCCGCCCUCCCCCUGAUAUCUUUAAAAAUAUCCCUAAAUUCCCCCCCCCCCCUGCCUUAUCCGUCCAUAUCUAAGGUUUGCGCCUGCUUAGGUUUCUUCAAAAUACAACUGAAUACAUAUAUAUCAUGUAUCAAGGUUUGGGAUAUUCAAAUAUUCAAAGAUUUGGUCAUAAGAUUUGGUCAUAUGUCCUAUGGAAGACCCAUAUCACGGGGUGGGGGGGGGGGGAUUGGGGGAUUUGAAGAAAUGUCUGAGGUCGAAUAAAGAUUUUAAAGUUUAUAAAUCUGAAUAAAAACUCUCAAUAAAACCCUCUAUUGUAAAUAAAUCUCAAAAACUGCAAGCCUACCCUCGUAAGAGGUAUUUGUAACAUAUAUUUAUCAUUCAUGCAUUUUUUAAUAUCACUCUUUGAUACUUUGGUAAGCAAAGCUUUAAUAUAUUUGUGAGUUAUAUUUGUGAGUUUAGCUUUAUGUUUGCUGGCAAGAUUGGAUGGGAAAUGUUUUUAAAGGGACCGUAUGGUUAAUUGAAAGUAACGUAUCAGAUUCACAAUAGUACCCUUACUUAGUACUUAUCCUUGUUAAUCUACAAGAACGCUAGUAAUUGCUUGGAGGGUCACUUGAAAUUACGCUUACAGUCCCUUUAAACAUUCAAGGUAUUUUUUCUAUAAAGAGGCAGUACACAAAUCUGAGAUGCUUAUGUUACAUUUCGUGACUGUCUGACUAAAGAAAUAAACGAUUGGUAAAAUCGUUAUGAUAAUUGACUUUUUUAAUAUCCCUGAUCAGACAAAAAAUAUAAAAUAAUAGUAAAAGCAAACGAAUAUAAAAUACAUUUAACAUCUAAGAUUGUUGGGGACCUUUUUAAAGUAUAAAAAUCUUGAAUAUUUGAAACAAGCCAAAAAACAUAUCCCAUCUCUACUAAUAAAUCAGUUUAACUAUAAUAGUGCCAUAAACUUAGAAGUUAUGGAAACCUAAAUCAUAUAAUUCGAGGCAUUAAAUAUUUUUACAAAACAACCUUAAAAAAAUGGCUUUUUUAAAAACCAUUUUUAGAUUUUGAUGUUGUUAUGCUAAAUUGGUCUAUUAUUGCAAAAAGUUCUUCUUUUGUCUAACGUUUUUUAUGUGCAAAAAUAAUGAGUUUACUGGAUUAUUUGCACGUGCAAAACACUUCAUAUCUAAAUCUUUUCAAUUUAGAAUAUUGCAAGGUGACGAAAUUAAGAUUGUUUUAACAUUUAGUAUUUAAAGAUUUUGUUAUGGCUCUAGUUUAAAUAGCUUGUGUACAAAUGUAAACAGCUUUUUUCUUGCUUCAUCAGAAACAUCUGUACUGGACAUUCACCGUUAAUUGGCACAUUUUAUGUAAACUAGACAGCUAUGUAAAUUAGGCCAUCCUUUAUAUAUUUUAACCCCCAUUUAUUUGGGACACCCUUAAAGAAAACAUAUUUUGAAAUAAUUUGUUCUUUUUUACAUUGGUACAUAUUGUAGAUUGAAAAUAUUGAUAAGAUGUUGACAACUUAAAUCUUGUAUAUGCAAAUGUGGUUAAUUGUUCUUUCUGUUUGUUGACAAUAAACUUUUUUUA